CUUGACUCUGUGCAUAAAAAAUUAAUCUUUAAAGCUCAAGCUCGAAAACCCUUCUGAGUCUUGGUCUUCCUCUUCAGAGAAAGGUGCUUUCUUGAUGAAAAUGGUAGCAGGUGAAAAGCAGGGGAAAGCCAUGUUGGAGGACGGUGCUCCUACAACUCAAGGAGCCCCAGAUGGAAGAACCCUAAAAGAAGCUUCCAGAAGCUCUGGUUUGUCUGGUGCAGUGGAAAAAUGCAGGGAAUAUAGGUUUAGGGUUGUUAUAGAUGGGCAGGAAUUUGUUGGUGGAGACACAGGGGACCUUGAGGAUUCCGAGCUAAAUGGGGUGUCUUCGUUGUUGAAAAUGAAAGGAAUGCUUAGAGAAGACCAUGUUAAUGGUGUGGGUGAGAUCUCCAAGCCUUUUGACUCCCUGUUGGGUGUUGUUGAAAAGGAAAAAGAAAUGGAAAUUAAGAAUGGUUUAUCUAGUGAUAUUUACAGCCGUGAUGGUGUUCCCAUUGUGGUGGACGUUUCUGGUGAGACGGAGAAAAUUAAUGGGAAAGAAGAAAUGGAUUUUGGUGAGAAGAUGGACAAUGGUGAUGCUAUUGAUGGAAUGGAGGAAGAAGAUGAUGAUGAUGGUAAUCGGGAAUGUGAAUUUUCUGUUGGUGAUUUUGUGUGGGGUAAAAUUAGGAAUCAUCCAUGGUGGCCAGGACAGAUAUAUGAUCCAUCUGAUGCGUCAGAGCAUGCAGCAGAGGUGAGACAAAGUGGCAGACUCCUUGUGGCAUAUUUUGGUGAUGGUUCAUUUGCUUGGUGCCACCCAUCUCAGCUGAAGCCCUUUGAAGCAAAUUUUGUGGAGAUGUCGAAGGUGAGUAACUCCAAGAAUUUUUUAAAUGCUGUCCAGAAGGCAGUUGAUGACAUUGGCAGACUUGUGGAGAUGAAGAUGACUUGCUCUUGUGUUCCGAAACAGAAUUCUAGUGAGUUUGACAGGCCGCCUGCAGCUAAUGCUGGGAUAAAGAAAGGUGUUCUAGUGCCUGAUGGAGGGAUUGGAAAGCUUUUAAUUGGCCCUUUUGAACCUAACAAAAUUCUUGGUAAACUAAAAUAUAUUGCACAGGUUAUCUCUAUCGGUUGCAGUUCACUGGACUCCAUGAUGUUGAAGGGCUGGCUUUCUGCAUUUUAUCUUGCACAAGGGUUUAACCAGUUGCCCAUGUACAAAGAACCCCAAGCUAUUUCAGGCCUUGAAGACAAUGCUGGCACUCUGGUAGUGGAUAUAAGUGAUUAUAACAAUGCUAUGAAUGUCUCAAUCCAAGGGCCUGUUCAAGCAGAUUGGCUUUCUUCUCAAGCAGGUCCUAAAUUUGGCCAAAUUGGUGAAUCUUUGCUGAACUGCCCAGAUGUUUCAGAUGAUAGGGUCUGUCGGGGGAAACAGAAAAGCAUAGCUGAAAUUUUGGAAGCGGAUGUCAAUGCUCAUGCCAAAAAUGGGGGCAUGGUAAAAGAGGGAACAAAUUUAGGUAAAUCAGCAACAUUAUCUAGGAGGAAGAGGAAAGGUGGAGAUGAAGUCAAUGCUGAUGGUGGAAGUAAUUCAACUUCCGUACCAAGGAAUAAGAAGGGAAACAAACUUUUAAGUUCCUUUGAUGUUGAAAAGAGCAAAGUAGGCAGUCUUGAAACUGAUGGCUUUGAUGCCAAGGAAGAAACUGAUGGGGCUCAUUCUUUGAGGGGAAGGAAGAAGAAGAGUAAAGGUUCCAGCAUGAACAAUGAUGAUGGUGGGGGUGAAGAAAAUGGCGGUUUGAGUGUGGGACGUGGUGAUCCUGAAACUGAGGAGCUGGUUGAGAAGGGUCCUUUAUCAAGAGAGAGGAAGAAGAGCAAGUACUUAUCACCUCCCUAUACAAGUCCUGAUAUGAGGGGAAGAAAUAUUGACCUGGAAUCCUUGAAGGUUUCGCAAGAGGUGCAGUUAGGGGAGCGGAUGGCGGGAGCAUCUGACAACCUUGGUUCCCCUCCAAUGGUGAAUGGUAGCAGUGAAGCAAUUCAGAAGGUGCUCUCUGAAGAACCUGAUCAACAGCAUGAUAAAUCUGAUGAUGCAACUCAAACACUAAAACAAAUUCAGGAUAGGUUGAUUGAUGUGGAGAAAGUUAACGCACCUACGAGUGAAGUGCUAACUGAAGUUCGUUCUGCAGCUCUAAGUCCACAAUAUCCAAAAGAAAGCAACUCUUUCGAAGUUGCUUGGGGAUUUUUGUUGCUAUUCAGAAGUUCAGUUUACCACAAUGGUUCCAACAACAAAAUGUACAAGCAGAGUCAAUCUCAUAGAAAGAGAAAACCAGCAGACUUUGAGCCACCAUUUUCAGUAAAGGGCCAAAAUCAGAUUGCUCAUCGUUCCUCUGAACAAGCAGAGGUGAAAGCUCAUGAGCCUAAAAGUAAGCGAGUGAUGAGGGCAGCAUAUGAGGGAAGAAAAGAGGAAGCCAUGCCAAAAAAGCCUAAAAUUGUGGAAAGGGGACCUGAUACGAAGACAAAUGAUGAGGUUACCAGUGAAAAAGGUUCACCUAAUGCCCUCUUUGUGACAUUUGGUCCAGGAUCUUCUCUGCCUUCAAAGGAUGAUCUUAUCAAAAUAUACAGCAAGUAUGGGGCUCUGAACACAGAGUUGACAGGAAUGUUCUAUGCUAAUUUCUGUGCUCGGGUUGUCUUUGCAAAAAGCUCUGAUGCAGAAGCAGCUUUCAACAGCUCACGAAGCUUCAGUCCCUUCAGAUUUGCCACUGCCAGUUUCGAGCUUCGCCACCUGUCAAGUGCAUCUAGACCUUCUGAACGCCGGCAGGGAACUAAAGCAAAACGUCCUGGAACCAAGGAGUCAGCGAAGACAACAGAGAAGGCACCUACUUCUCAAGCAUCUCUUGAUGAGGGAUCCCAACUUAACUACAUCAUAGAUAAACUGAAGAUGCUGAUUUCAAUGCUGGAAACAUCAAAUGAGAAGAUGUCCCCGGGAAUUAAAUCCAGAUUACAGGGUGAGAUAAAAGACCUCUUGGAGAAAGUAAGCACCAUGGCUGAAUCUUCAUCCUAAUUGUGGAUAUAGCAACUACACAGGGCCUCUGGAGUUCAUGAGUCUACACGGGAACAUUCUUUGUUUCUCGCUCUCCCGUGGGGGAGUGGGGUAGGGGUAUAUGUCAUAUGGACAAGUUGCUUUUCUUUUAGUCUAGUUGUUAAAAAUAACAGCACAUGUUUGGUUAGCACAGUCUUUAUCAGCUACUCAGUAUAACAUACGGCGACAGUAAUUCUUGGAGUAUGUUUUUAUUUUGAAUAGAAAUCAAGUUCCUUU